UUGUAAAUGUCUGAUGUGAAAAAUGGAUGUCUAUUGCGCUGUACUCUAAAGAGCCUUGCAGCUCCAGGCCGUCCUGUGUUGGUUUUUCUAGAAGCUUUACUUGGACUGUGCGGCACCAGGAGGGACUCUUAAGAAGUGUCAUCGGAUUAGCGAGCCAGCACCUGCCUUCAGUCGGCCGGCAAACGCCUUCAGAGGCGCAUCAUCUCAUGCGUGUGCACACCUUUAUCAUUUCAUUUUUUAAAGGAUGAAGCAUGUGCAUUUUGUACAUUUGCCACUGGUCUUUGCUUUGCUGCGCAUCUGCUUUGCACAAGCAGACUUUGCCCCUUACUUCUUUGACAACGGACCGUACAGCCACAAUGGGAACAUGGCACUGUUCAGCCUCUCGGAGGACACGCCUGUUGGUACACAAAUCUAUUGCCUUAACGGCACCGACCCAGAGGGCCAGGAGGUGAGCUACGGCAUUUCGUUUGACCCCGGCUCCAAGGAGUACUUCAGGAUCAACCCCAAGACAGGAAACGUCACCUUAGUGGAGAAGCUAGACCGAGAGAAACAAGAUUCUUUUGAUGUUCUGGUCAGCAUCACAGACGGGAAAAGCCAGGUUGUGGAAAGAGUGACCAUAUUUGUGAUGGACGCAAACGAUGAGAAACCCCAAUUCCAAAACAUGCCUGCAAUCAUUGAUGUCCUGGAGACGACAGAAUCCGGACACAGCAUCUUCAAAGCGGAAGCCGUGGACAGGGACACGGGCUCGGGGGGCUCGGUCACCUACUACCUCCUGAACGCACAGUCGAGCUUGUUUGCCAUUGACAGACACAGCGGAGUCAUUCGCAUCAAGCCCGAGGAGAUGCUGGACUACGAGAAAACAAAGACACAUUUUCUCACAGUCGUUGCAAAGGACGGAGGUGGCACGUUCAACGGCAAGGAGCAGUUUUUGUCCUCCUCUUCUACCCUCACAAUUAAUGUGAUCGAUGUGCAAGACACGCCACCAUCUUUUAUCGGGACGCCGUACUUUGGCUACGUUUACGAAGUGUCAACGCCGGGGUCUGAGAUAUUCACAGUUGUGGCCAAAGAUGGCGACGUGGGAAACCCAAAUCCAAUUCGUUAUUCUUUUGACGAGGGUGAUGAUGGAGUUUUUAGCAUCAAUGAGACCACUGGUCUCAUCACCCUGCUGACAAGUCCCGUUUAUCUAAAGAGAGAAGUCUUUAACAUUAAAGUCAAAGCGUCUGAAGUGAGUCCAAGAGGCCGACUCCUGGACUACGGGGUGACCAUGCUGGUGAUCCGGGUGGUGGACCUGAAUAAUAACCCGCCAACCUUCUACGGCGAGAACGGCACCCAAAGCAUGUUUGAGCUGACCAUGUACGAGCACCCUCCGGAAGGGGAGAUCCUGCGGGGGCUGAAAAUCACAGUGAGAGACUCCGAUCAGGGCGCCAAUGCAAAAUUCAACCUGAGGCUGAUCGGGCCUGGCAGGAUGCUGCGAGUGGUCCCGCAAACGGUACUGAACGAGGCCCAGGUCACAAUAUUGGUGGAAGACUCUGCAGCCAUGGACUACGAGAGACAACACUUCCUCACGUACAAGCUACUUGCCGUUGAGAUCGACACGCCAGAGAGGUUCAGCUCCACAGCCGAUAUCGUCAUCCAUCUCCUGGACACCAACGACAACGCGCCUAAGUUCUCCUCGGAUUACUACAUAGCCAGAAUUCCGGAGAAUUCACCUGGUGGCUGCAAUGUUGUGUCAGUCCUGGCAAUAGACCCAGACUCAGGACCAUGGGGUGAAGUGAAGUACUCGAUCUAUGGCUCUGGGGCUGACUUGUUCUUGAUCCAGCCGUCUACUGGCAUCAUCUACACGCAGCCGUGGGCCAGCCUGGACGCAGAGGUGAGGUCCAAGUAUAACUUCUACGUCAAGGCAGAGGACUCUGAGGGCAAGUACAGCCUGGCCGAGAUCUUUGUCACCGUGCUGGACCUGAACGACCACCCGCCCGCCUUCAAUGAUAACUUCCUGGAGAAGACCAUGGUGAUUGGAGCUCCAGUUAAAAUAGAGGCUGUAGACGACGACGCAGAGGUGCCCAACAACGUGAUACAGUACGCCAUCAUGAAAGCUGAGCCUGACAACAACAUCUUUGACAUCGACUGCGACACGGGCGAGAUCAACCUGAAGUCUUACAUCAAGUCCAUGGCCAUCAUUCAGAACAUCACCAAGAAGAGGGACUGCACCUGGUCGCUUGUGGUGCAGGCCCGGGACCGAGGACAGCCGUCGUUCAGCACCACCGCCGUGGUCAAGAUUGACAUCACCGAAGCUACCCAACUCAAGGGGGGGCCGUUGGGAUCUUUUUUAGUGCAUGAUAGAAACAAGCCCUUGCAAAUCGUAGGCAUGCUGGCAGGCGGCAUUAGUUUCAUGGUCAUAGUCACGGUCGUCAUCUCCACCGUCACCUUUGUACGCAACAAAAAGUCCAACCGGGUCCUGCCCAACCGCCGCGUGAGGAGGAGACCCCGCAACCAGAACCCCUGGACCUUCAAGAACCCCUUCAGGACACCGAGGAACCCCGAGGAGAAGUUCCAGGUGCAGGAGGAGGAAGAGCAGGAAGCCGGGGAAACGGCGGAGAACGUCAACCACAACAACAACGUCACCAACGUUGUCAGGCACUGGCCUCCGCCACCCUGCGCCCCCAUGCUCCCGCCCCCGCCACCACCUUACAUGCCGGGGGAGAGGAGGUGGGCGGUGCCCACGGUCUCAGCCGCUGUGGCGGCCCGGCCGAAGAAGAAGUCGAUGGUGUCGGGUCAGGACAUGAUCAACAAGGCGCUGGUGUCAGAACUCAAAAUGAAACUGGAGCAGAAGAGGAUGCGCAAUCAUUUAUAGUGAGUGUGUGUGUGUGUGUGUGUGUGUGUGUGUGUGUGUGUGUGUGUGUGUGAGUGUACGUGUGCAUGUGGGUGAGUGUGCAUGUGGACAGUGCUUUGCAAAAGUCUUGGGCCACCACAAGCGUUGUUGUUUUGAAAUUUGACAAAAUUUCAUUGAUCUACUGCGGAGGACGCUAUCAUUUCUUCAAGAGGUAUUUUUCCAUUACAAGUAAUCCCUCGUUUAUGGGGGGUUCAUUGGUUCCAGACCUGACGAUAAGUGAAGUCCUUAUUUAUAAAUUGAAUAUUUUCGUAUUUAGAGCAUAGAAAACCUGUUUCCGACCUUUUUUUAACAUUAUUAGAGCCCUCUAGACAUGAAAUAACACUCCAUAGUCACAUUUACGCUCCUAUUACUCAAUAUAGUAGACAUAAUAAGAGAAAAUAAGACAUAAAACAUUGAAAACUUGUUUACGACCUUCUAAAUAGUGUUUUUAACAUUGUUAGAGCCAUAUAGACAUGGAAUAAGACCUUUAUAGACACAUUUGCACUCCUAUUACCCAAUAUACAGUAGUAGACAUAAUAAGAGAAAAUAGGGCAUAAGACAUGAUGUAGACUGGCAUGUUAGCGUUGGGAGAGUUACUUAUUCCUAUUUUUUACUUGGGUUUCUGUGCAGUACUUCCUGCUGCUCAUCAGUGUAUCAUUACUGACAUCCUUCGACAACUACGAAUGCGUCUUCUGAAUACCUUAUAUUUGUACUGUACUUUAGUUCGUGAAGCCAUUUUUGUGUUUGAAAAUGCUUCAUUUAGGCAAAGAAAUGCAUAAAAUUUGCUUAAAUGUGCAUUUCCCCCCCCCCCCAAUAAUAGGCUGUAUUCAACCACAAAACUGAACACAGAUUUAUUCAUUCAUAAUUUUUUUGUUGAAAUGAUUUGCUCCAAUUGUGUGAGUGUCCAUGGUGUGAUGCAUGAAGACAUGAAAUAAUACAAUACAUGAAAACAAGAAGUGGAAAAGCAGUGAACGCUUAUCUCAGCGUCAGACAUAAUGAAAAUAAUACUUGCAACAUGUCAGUUUGCGUUCUUACACCCAAUCAGUGUGCAUGAAUACAUUCUUGUAUUUGUCCUUCAUUGUUUCGCUGCACUGUUUGAGCUCCAUAGGCAAUUUUCAGCUGGAUUUUACGUACUAUUUUGGGGCUGCUAGAGCUAGCUAGCUAGCUAGCAAGCCUCACUUCCAAGCCCACCGUUGAGCAUUACUGGACAUUCUUCCAGAAGGCUACAUUUCACAUAUUUGAGGCAAAAAGGUGGCCUUUCAGGUGUUUUUUGGUUGUUUCCUGAACUUUUUCCCUGUUAUGAUGGACUAUCUCAGUAAUAGUAGAAACGUUUACGUUCGUUUAUCCCGAGAAGAGAUGAGUUGAACAGACUUUUCUAUAUUUUCAAGAUGUCACAAAGCUUAGAGAUGGGGCUUCAGGCCAUCCACUGUCAGAGUCGGAGGAAGAAGCCUCAACUAGGAAGUAACUGCUCUAUAUCCUAUUCUCGGGAUCGCUCCCCUACGUGUAUCAGUGGUGUGGCUAUGUGUCUGCUUCUAACUGGUUCCGGCUCGUGUCAGUCUCGGGUGUGUGUGUGUGUGUCUUCUAAGUGAAGAUAAGGUUGUCAAGCAACCUGUCUGUCUGUCCGAAAUACAUAUUUAAAUGAUUUCCACAUGCAAGAACGGCGCAUCUGAGCGGUAUUUUUGCUCUGAUUUUACAUGACUUCUGGUUACGAAUACACUUGUUUGCGCUUCAUCAGCAAUUGCUGAGGUCUGCUUCCCGUUUUUCCUCAAAGGUUGCUUCCGAUGUUCCCGAGUGGACCAUAAACUAAUGGAGAGGGGGCGGCAAAGAAGGGAAACCUACGGGAGUUUCCCGGGGGAAACGAGAGGGUAUCCUCUCUAGGAGGGGUGCACAAUAAUUAUUGGACCGAUACUUAUCUGGCCGAUAUGAGGGAAUUAUGACGUCAUCCCGAUAAAUCCAAUAAGAUUAAAAGUAGCUCUGAUAACCGAUAAUUUAAAAAACGCUCUAAUGAGUCGAUAUUACCCGUACUAUUCUGGUGAGCAAAUCAAGCGCUUCUUUUUUCUCCUGUCAGUCUGCCUGUAACUUCCCUUGAACUCACUUGUAAACAUUAACUUGGAAAAAAAUGGAUGGAAAAAAACACACAAAAAAACCUUAUCAGCCACCUGAAGCAUCGCUAUGACAACUGCAGCAUUUGAAGAGUGCAAAAGGUUUGCCAGAGACCUCCGUGGCGUAACACUGGCUGCUCGGAGCGGGUGCUUGAAUACAGUGCACCUUGCUGGGCCACGCCAGGUGGCUUCUCCUGCUCUAUACUCUGGUUCUCCUGACCUCCGUAGCGGCACACCGGCUGCUCGGAGCAUGUGUCCGAAUACAGUGCACCUUGCUGGGCCACGCCAGGUGGCUCCUCCGCUCUAUACUCUGGUUCUCCUGAUAGUAGUGAUGUAGUAGUAAUGUCAUGAUAUUUGAUUAGGACAAAUCAACAGGUACACUUGGUCUAAUCCUAAUUUGUUUGAGUUCUUCUUAUCUCCAGGUGUGCACAAACUACAGUUAAAUCUAAAUUUAAAAGGUAGACAUAUCGGUACCAUAUUGGUCUUGAGAAGCACAAAGUUAUCACUAUCGGUUUGAAAAAAAGAUAUCAUGCAUCUCUACUCUGUAGUUCUUCACGGUAAGACAACAAAUCUAAUGUUGGCCUAAGGUUUUUGCAGAGUCAAGUGUGUGUGGCCAUUUUCAUCCUGAUUCCAGCCUCUAACUUUUGUUGAAGUCCAAUGUUUCUUGUCGAGGUUCCGCAAAAUCUCCUUACAGCAGAUUUCACGCCACUCGGACCGGCUAAAGAGAUCAGCCUGAGCUGGUCCCAAAAGGAAGGAAAGCAGAAUGAUCCGGUUAAGACGAGGUUUAAUCCCUGCUCACAGGUGGACACUUCUCCAAACAAGUCAACAUGUUUCUUCAUUUAAAGAAAUAUAUUCACGCCUCUCAUUUUUUUUUGUCAAUAAAGUUGUCUUUAAAAGUCUGAUUUAUUAUCAGGUCUUCUUUUAAAAAAACAAAUCAUUUAAACAUGCUUUAUUUUAGUGCUAAAUUCAGAGGCUUACGGUUCAAAGCUUGGACUGGAAUUACAGACUGCAGCCUUAAAUAGAACACUUGGAUAAUUAGCUUGUUAACGAGCUCCAGCGCCCCCUACUGAAAAUGUAGAAGAACCUACUUGACCACUGAAGUUAAAAGUUGCAAUGCACAGACUGGGACGGUGCACGGUGGUCUAGUGGUUAGCACGUUGGCCACACAGUCACAGUCUGGAGAUCGGGGUGGAGUUUUCCUACGUUCAAAAACAUGCAAGUUAGGUUAAUUGGUGGCUCUAAAUUGUCCAUAGGUAUGAAUGUGAGUGUGAAUGAUGUUUGUCUGUAUGUGCCCUGUGAUUGGCUGGUGACCAGUCCAGGGUGUACCCCGCCUGUCGCCCAAAGUCAGCUGGGAUAGGCUCCAGCAUACCCGCGACCCUAAUUAGGAGAAGCGGUAUAGAAAAUGGAUGGAUGUUCUUGGGAUGAAAAAUUUGACAAACAUUCCAAAUAUACUUAUUUAAAAAAUUUGUUAUGUAUUUUAAGAAUACAACUAAUACAUAUUCGCAUAUAAAUCCCAAUAAUAAUACAUAUUUACAAUUUAUUAUCAUUUAAAUUCCGUUAAAUAUACAUACAAUUAAAUCAGCUGAGCACAAAAAUAAUAAUAAUUAAAUAUAUCAAUAUAAUGA